AAAAUGGCAUCGUCAGUCGCUUUCCAGCAGUUGCGGGACCUGAUCGAGGUGCAGGCGGCUUUGCUGGAUAGAUUGAGGCGGCAGUUAACAAUACAGGAGGAGAGCUCCGUAAACAAGAAGGCGUAUGAGGCUAUAGUGAGGAAACUAGAGAAUGAAGUGGAAGAACACACAAAGACAAAGUGUAAUUUAGCCAGGACAUCUGAACAGCUGGAAUUUGCCCUUGGGGAGAUUGAUAUUCUGUCAAAGCAGCUUGAGAGGGAGAAGCGAGCAUUUGACAAAGCACUUUCUUGUGUAAAUAGCAAAGUGCUAAAGCAAUCAAUCCAAAAAGACAAACUGAUAAGCAAAUGCACUGAAAUUGAGACCCAUAUUCAGAAACAGGAAGACAUUCUUAACUACAAAGAGAAUGAGAUCAAGGAGCUGCAACACUUCAUCAACAAGCAGAAGCAAACCUUAAAAAAAGAAACAUCUGAGUUUAAGAUACAGAAAGAACAAGAAAGUUAUAUAACAAAAGUGCUUGGAAAAAAGAAGACUGAUUUGAAGUAACCAUUGAAAUAUUCCCUUAAGUCACUUGAUCCUACACUUAUGCCAGUGCUAUAGAAGAUGAGGAUGAAAUUUUCAGUUUUCCAUCAAGAAAGAAUUCUGUCUGUAAAAGAAGAUUAUCACGGAGAAAUUAACCUCUAAAUUUCAGUUUUAGUGCUUCAUGCUGACCAGUGGAAACAGUUUUGGACUUAGAUAUUUCUGUACCCAUCUAGGUCAACAAAGACUGCAGAAAUAGUCCUGCAGUGUUUGGGCUAAAACACCCCUUUUUCAAGUUCAUGUGUCAUGGAUAUAAAAAGCAGACUUACCUGUGUACAAUAUGAAGUCAAACAAGUUCAGUUGUGUGGAAAGGGACUUAUUGUCAGGUAAGUGAGUAUAAAUUACAUCCUGUUUGAAAGGUAUUGUCUAAACUAUAUCUUUAAAGACAGGCUGUCAUUCUUCCUCUUCAUCAGUCUUUAGAAAAUAAAAGAAAUUGUCUCAAACUGCUAUACCAAAGAAGCUUCAGCCAUUAAACAGAAUAAAUAUUCUGAGAAAUAUGCCAAUACAUAUUAUGAAGCUAGUUGCCUGUGGAUCCAUUGACCUCUGUCCUAUGGUCAUAUUUAUGAUAGCUAAGGCUGCCUUCAUGGCAUGUCUUCUGAAAACCACAGAAAGAGGAGAGCCCAGUGAUCCAAAGCUGCUGAAAUAUGUUCUGCUUGCACAGUGAAAUCUGGUAGGUCUCAGGUACUCCAUUUCUGUGUUUGGAUGAGUAACUGCAGAAGAUACCAACACAUAAUCGACACAACACUGUUGAAUUAUAUUAUUUUAAUAAAUUCAUAGUCCUCUAACAUGUGCUAAUAGAUGCUUUAAGAUAAAUUUACAGAGAUUUGUAAGUUCAGGAUAUCCAUAUCAAUGUAUUGCUUUUUUAUGUAGUGCUGUUCAUUGUAUGCAGGGGUCACUCACACCUUUUAAGCUGAAUUAUUGACUUCCAGGUUAUGAAUGUUUAUGAAGAUAGUUUUUAAGGAAAACCUUUUACAAUGAGGUUUUGUUAUUGGCCCAUUUGCAAAAACAGAACUAGAAUGGUUGUCUUAAAGGAAAUAUUUCCUAGAGUUUGAGUCACAUAAUAUACUGGGUUAUUAGCAUCUUAUCAAACAGUUGUAAGCAGGGAGCAGUUGCAAAACAUGCAUUGGUUUGGUUUAAGCUGGAUUGCAGCCCUUUUUUUAACCUUCAGAUUAAAUGUUUUUUUUAAUUCUCUGGAAGGAUGUAAUGGAUGGCCGGGGGUUGCAUACAGCAGCAAAACUACCCUUCCCUAAUGCAUUAUGUGUAGAUGGGAUAUGUAAUUGAACUGAGUGAAGCAUUGAGAGGACAGUGCAAAGGAUGCCAUGUGAAUAGGGCUUGAUUUAUCCAUACAAAAGAUGGCCUUAGGAGCUCACUGGGCUGUGUGUGGGGCAAAACUAGCCACACAGAAAGUUCGGAAGAAUUGGCUUAUUGUUAACUAUGAGAGAGCAGUUUUUACAUCCAUGGACAGUAAGCCUGUUGGUGGCCUUGAAGACUAGUCAGAGCCAGCCUAGCUAUGCUAAUUCUCCAACAUAACGCAUAUAGAUUAUUACCACCAGUCAUUUUCUGUGUUCUUGGUGAUUGCCCUGCCUACAGCUUCUGGAUAGACUCCCAGUUUUCAAGACCCUUUUCUUAUGAAGAUAACUAUAUUUUGUUUUGGGUUGCCUAGUCAUUCUUGACCCAGUCUAGUCACAGUUAUGGCCACAUACUUGUAAGGAAAUAGAAUGUCAGAGAUGCUCCAGAAUGUUUGUAAAUUCUAGGCAGGAAUGAGCCAUGCCUGCUUGCAUUCAGGCUGUCUGCUGGCUCAACUCCCAGUGAAUGCCUGUCAUCUGGAAUUUACUCCCUGUGGACAAAUGGUGACUUGGCCCUCCCAGAUCUCAGGAGUCUUACACUGCUGGCCCAUAUUAAUCACAAAUAUGUUUGGGCAUUUCAAACUUCUUGGGAUAGGUCUUAGCCACUUACCUAAGACAAUAUCAAGUGUAAGCACUCUCAAAUAGUACACAUUUGGUUGUUUGUGGGUUUAUUUUACUUAAAGGGUUAACUGCUAUGCCAUUUAUUUCUAGUUGUUUUUUAAUUCUCAAGAUAUUAUAUUUAGCUCCAUUCGUGAACCGAGCUGACCCACGGUAUCCAGUAGCUUAUAGUCCUGGCAUGUCUCCAGUGGAUUAGCACCUGCUGCUGUUACUUUUCUGAUCUUUUGUGUAAAAAAGUUAUUUUUUAAAAGUCUCCAGCAAGAACAGACAAUUGCAUUUCAUUCUGUAAGCUGUAAAUUGAGAUACAUCUGUAAUAUGUUUGUUUUAUCUCCCAAGUGUGGAAUGAUUUGCUUUGAACAGAAAAAGAGAGAAAGUAACUUGAUUUAUUUAAUACUUUUCAUUUUGUAGAGGUUCCUUCUGAAAGGUUAUUUUAUUUUAAACUCUAAAAGCACCUUGUAGCUAGAAUUAAAACAGUUCUUUUGGAACAGAUUGGAUCCCUCCAUGUGAACGAGCUAGCUAAACUAGUGUCAGAUAUACUUCAGCUAUCUUGGCUAAGUUUCAGUAUUGAGAUGAUGUUGGGGGAGUUGGAUCAAUGAAACCAUCUGACAUUUAGACACUGAAAUAUUCACAAGAACUCACGUUGCACUAGUACUCCAAGUAUUUCCAGAGGUAAUUUUAACCCUCUUAAUUUAGGCACUAUUUGUCAAUAGGGUCUUUGAUACUGGUACUGUUUUCAAUAAACUUGGACACUGAGGAGUAAGUGCAAUUGGCACUGUAAUACAUAGGUUCUCUAUACAUGUAACAUGAGCUAAUUAUACCAGCUUUAAGCCAGUAGGAAAGGAGAAAUUAAAACCAUGAAAGAAAUGCACAUUACAUAGACUAUGAUUGGUUUAGCUUAUUGAGUUCCCAGGACAUAAGCAAAAUAAGUUUUUAAAACAUCUAGAUUUCCCAGAAGUUUAUUCAUAUCAUGUUAUAGAAAUUAGUCACAAGCAGCACAUUGAAAAACUACAGGCAAGAAACACAUCAGAAGCAUCAAUCUUA